ACCUGUCAUCUGAUGUACACGGAAUAUCGGGUCGUACAUUAUCGGGCCGUACCAAUAAUGUACGGCCCAAUAAUUCGUGUACAUGUAUUGUACGCCCCGAUAUUCCGUGUCCAAUGGCUCCCAAUUAUCGGGCCGUACAAUACGUGACCGUACAUUAUUUGUACGGGCCAAUAAUUCACGACCCGAUAAUGUACGACCCAAUAAUGCACGGCCCAAUAAUCCGUGUACAAACAAAGGGAUUUAUUUGUACAUGGAAUAUCGGGUCGUACAUUAUCGGGCCGUACAUUAUAGGGACCCGACUGACAGGCGUCUUUCUGUCAUUGUCAAAAAGAACAGUAGAAUGAACAAUUGGGAUGAGCAAUAUGCGAUGCAUAACGUAAUGCAAAUGAAUUCGAUGUUACCACCUGUAAUGAUUCCUCAUAAUUUUAUGGUACAAGAUAAUACAAUGAAUUCUACUAUGAAGGCACCUUUAAUCGGCCCAGUACUUCCUGUUAACCAAGUGGAGAAGUCUGAUAUACCAGUUACGCAAGCAGAAGUCCAAUGCGUGGAAGCGGAAAGUAGCACACAAAGUUCAAAGCGCCAGUCGCGAGAACAUGAUCAAGAAAGUAAAGAAAAAAGAGAUAGACGAGAUCGCAACAGAGACCGAAGACAUCGAUCUAGAUCCCGCGAUCGUAAUGAACGACGUGAUAGAGAUGAUAGGAGAAGACAUUCAAAAUGGGACAAUGAUAGAGACAGAUCUAAUUCAAGACCGGCUAUGUCUGGAAUGACAAUGGGAAAUAUGAUGAUUCCAGGUACAAUGAUGGCAUACAAUAAUAUGUUGACCCAACAACAAAUGCACAUGAUGCCCGGUUUAAAUAUAAUUAGAAUGGUGGAUGAAUCAUGUAUAAACCAAGCAAUACCAAUACAUAACCAAAUAAUCUUUCCAUCGGGAGUACUAUUACCACCGAUUCCUGGUACAUCAUUGCCACAAAGACGAGAACGUCCUAAAGGAUGUCGUACUAUAGUUGUAGGCGGUCUACCUAAUGUUAAAAGUGAUAUAGUAAUGGAAAUAUUCAAGCAAUUCGGUGAUAUUCACGUCAAAUCGCCGCGGCAAGGCAUCGUUCAUGUGCGUUUCUCUUCAUCAGAAGUAAUGGAACAAGCAUUAUUCUUAACGGGAUAUAGAUUCAAAUUUCAUGAACAAGCGGACAAUGAGGCUACUACACUUUUUAUUGAUUAUGCAAUAAAUAGAGAAGAUGAAGCUGAAUAUGAGAAAGAAGAUCGUGAGCAAACAACAGUUCGAGUGGAACAGUUUACAACGACUGCACUCACAGCCAUCGCGGAAAAGAUUAAAAGUGAGGAAGACUUUGCCACUGCUGCUCCGACCCUAGCUGUGUGGUUGGAACGUGGAGAAUGCAACAAGAGGAAUGCAAACAACUUUUAUUCUUUGAUACAAGCGAGUAAUAACCAACUUAGGAGGUUGUUUAAUGAAAAAAUGCAACUGGAUGAGGAAUUGCAGAAUUUAAAGACUUCUUUGAAGGAUAGAUUUGCACGAGUUCUUUUGCAAUUCGAGCAGGUUGCUAAAAUUCUGACAGCGGCCAAACACCAGAGAGUAUCAGACCAUUUUACAAAACAACAGCGGCGCAAUGUAGAAAUGUGGCUCAAAAUGACUGAGGAAGUAGAAAAUAUCAAAGAGGAGUUUAAAACUGUGUUCGAGGAUGACGAUGGAGACAGAGCGGGCUCAAACAAAUCUAUGGUUUCUCAGGAAAAAUACGAUAAAUUAAAGACAGAGAAUGAAAAUCUGACAUAUGAAUUAGAAGGCUACAAAAACGAAGCAUUCUUGGCCAAAGAUGAAGCAGAGAGGAAAUUUGAAAAAUUCAAAGCGCAUUUCAUCGCUCAACAAGCGAUGCAAAAUCAAAAGGUGUUCCCACCACUACCAAAUUUUAGACCAGAUAUUCCAGAAGUAUUAAAAGCACCUCCUCCUACAAUAGAGGACAAAGUCAUCACCUCUUCACCUACACCUACAGAUGCGAAACUCAUCAGUAUUCUUACAGCGUUCCUUAUGGUACAUCCAUUAGGUGCCACCCUUGACUAUCUCGUGUCAUAUGUGAAGUCUAUGACACCCAAUGUCACCCAGGCGACUGUGCUCCAAAUUCUACAGAAGUAUACUGAUGUGUUCCAAUGCAAGACAUCCGGAGUUGGUGCAACCAUAGAGCACAGAUGGAGUUUUAUUACAUUCGAUGUUAUGAAAACUGUUAAAUCAUCCUAAAAAUGCGUUGUUAAUUAAUUAAUUUACAUAUUGUAAAUAUUGGCCAUGUGAAAUAAAAUUAAAGUAAUGUUAA